CAAAUAUGGAUUUAAUGUCAAACAAGGCAGUUAUUCGAAAUGAAUUUCAUAAGAUUUUAAUCUCGAAACAAAAUAACAACGAUUUUAGUGUUUCUUUCAUGCGGAAAUUAUUUUGAUUAUCAAACAGAUGAGUUCAUACUUUUCAAUAAACCAGCAUUUUAGUAGAGGAGCAAUGUGGUCUAAAUACGAUCUUCUUUUUUGGGCAGUUCUUGCUUUUAACUUUGCAGUCGAUGAUGCAGUUGUUUUCAAGUUCUCGAAUUUCCAGUGCAAGAGUUACAACGAAUCGUGGUUUGUUUUUAACUAUUACCGUCUGAAGGCCGUCAGUCGGGACAGGGUUCUGCUCAAUAUGAAUGGAACUAUUCUGCAUCCGGCGCACAACAUUCAAGUUCACGCAAAAGUCUAUAAAAAGGCCAAUGGUUUCAAGCCAUGGCUACUGGAGACCACUGUUGACAUGUGCAGGUUUAUAAAUAAGCGCUAUGAUCCAUUCUUAAAAAUCGUCUACAACAUCUUCAAAGAAUUCUCAAACAUUAAUCACACCUGUCCCUACGUGGGGCAUCAAGUCAUCAAAGAUUUGUAUGUAAAUCCGGAGUUAUUAAUUCUACCCAUUCCAUCUGGAGAGUAUUUGCUGACGGGUCGCUGGAAUUUUGAUAAGAAACUUAUAAUUGGUAUCAAUGUUACUUUUAUUUUUAUGGAAGAUCUUUUAAAAAGAACAUAAAAGACCUUAUCAAGCUUUCUGUAGAAUAAAAUUUCCGUUUUAUGCA